AUGGCGCCUCGAAUGUCAUCAGAACAUAACAUUCCAAUAGAAAUUGUUGAAUUAGUUUUAAAUUUUAUUGAUGAUAUUGAUGGGAAAGAUGAUUUUGGAAACACUGCUCUCCAUGAAGCAACUUUUAGGCGUAAUAUUAAUACUCUCAAAUAUUUGCUGGAAAAAAAUGCCGAUGUGAAUGCAAAAAAUUUUGAUGGAAGAACUCCUCUUCAUUUGAUAUCAUUAAAAUAUUGGGAUGUAAAUUGUAUUGAAUGCAUAAAAACUCUUAUAGACCACAAAGCUGAUGUUAAUGCAGUUGAUAAAGAUUUAAUAAGUCCACUUCAUUUAGCUUGCUUAAACAAAAAUAUCGCAGUUGCUAAAUAUUUUAUUGAAAAUGGAGCUGAUUCUAGUUUGAGGGAUAACGAUGGUAGAACUGUAUUUCAUUAUGGAUGUAUGGUUAAUACAUCUCACGUUCCUGAACCACAGUUUGAGGAUUAUAGAAAAAUACAAACUGAAGAUAUUUUAAACCUAUUUAUUGAGGAGGAAUUAUUGGUUAAUUGUGUUGAUAAAUUCGAAAUUUAA